AUGACGAUGUCAACGUUGCAUAGAAACGCAAUUAUAACAGGUAGUUUUGAUUCGUACUGCCUCCUUUGUGAAGUUCAUUUAAAGGAGAACGUGGAAGAUCAUAUCAACGUGCCUGAGCAUAAAGAAAAGUUGCAGCAUUCCAGCUAUGUGCAGAAGUAUAAAUUUCAUCAUAUACGGAAAGUAUUGAAAGGAUACUAUUGCGAAUUCUGUAAUAUUCUGCUACCGACAUUAGUUAACAUAGGUCUUCAUGUUACAUCGAAUGACCACGAACGUAAAGUAGGAAAUGGACUUUUGAAAGAAGUAGAUGGAGGCGUCACUGCUUUUGACCGGAUGUUUAUAGACAAUCAGGCAUGGAAUGGUCUUAUCGAAGACACAAUUUGUUGCCUCUGCAAUAAAGAAUUUAAUGAUAAAUCUGUGCAUUUAAAGCAACCUUCGCAUAUCCUUCACCUGAUUAAAAAAGGUGUACACAUGAAGGAACGCGGAAUUGUUUACCGAAAUGUUGAUACCACUACCUUACAUUGUAUGGUUUGCAAUAUAAUCUUGGAAAUUAAGGACGGUGAUUUACAUUUUGAUAGUAGCCUACAUUUGGAACAAUUUCGUAAAAGCUGCGAACUAAAAAAGAAAUUAGACGAAAAUUCGAUAAAGGCAAGAAUUGACAAAGUAAUAAAACAGGAGGCAAAGCCGCCUGUGAUUGCACAUUCUACAUGUGUUAAAAAUAAAGAAACGGAUGUCAAAAAGUUCAUUGAUGAUAAUAAUAAUAAUAGCAAAAAUAAUGACGUAAUAAAAACUCAAGAGGACAAAAAAACGAAUGCAGCCAAAACUAAACCAGAAGAAAGCAAAAUAGAAGACGCACUACGUCACCCAUUCCAAGCUAAAGAAGAAGCACAGAUACUUGCUAAAAAAAACAAAAUCAAAUUUAAGUUCGCCAAGCAAAGCGCUUACUGCAGCGUGUGCGAUGUCACUAUAUCAUCAUCUCUAAAAAGAAUUAAAGAACACAUAGAAGAAAAUAAUCAUAAAAAAAAUCUAAAGGAAAAAAAAAGAAAUCAGGUACCAGGGAAUUGUAAGAAAGCUAACAAAAACAUUAUUAAAAUUCCUAAUGCGUAUUUCGUAAAUCACUUGUUUGAGUAUGAAUUGAACCUAAUACCCGGACCACUUGGUGAUUGGGUUGUUCUAAAUGGCGAACUUUGUAUGGAGUCUAUAAGCUACUCAAUGAUUACAGUAAAUUGCUCAUUAAUACGAUGUCAAGCAUGUAAGGAAACAGUUUUAAAUCUACAAAACCACAUCAAAAGUUCCAGACAUGAGAAAGCGAUAAUGUUUAUGCCCGUGGUUAUUUCACUGAAAGGUGAAUAUGUUAGAGAGAUUCAACCUGAACUCUACCACUGUGGUUUCUGCAAUCUAGUAGCUGGAGAUUGGGAAAAUUUAACGAUGCAUUUGGAAUCGGACAGCCAUCGUACAAAGAAAUUUCAAUGUCGUUUGAAGCAUGAGUGUUUGAAACAAAUCAGUUAA